UGUGAUUACGCCUGCUUAAAUAGUAAAAUAAAUGUCCUAUUGGCUAUUCGACAUUCGUCAUUUCGUUAAUUUAUUAGAUAAACGAAAAACUGUCCAAGAUCCUCAUUUGUCAAUUUUCGCUGGACGCUGAAUUUGGUAAUUUCGUUACACAGAUAUUCAACGGUAUUCAUUAAGUCACAUUAAGUGAUGCGUUAAAAACAUAAUUGAUUAAUUGAUGAUUUUAACCGUCUAUAGAAGUUUCUGCUUUAAAUUAUAUCGUCAACGAUAGGAAUUGAAAACGAUAGCCGAUAACAAAUUAUUAAAUUUUAUUACACGUUUGCUCUAGUCACAUUAUAUUAUUAUUAUAUUAUUAUGUCGAGCUUGGUAGGAAGAUAAUCGUAUCUACAUCAAACGACCUCACAGGAUCCACCAGCAGAGCCAUGGAUCGUCCGAUUUUGGUGAAUGAAUUUGAAGACAUGGGAAUGACCAUACCGGAUGACAUCAUUGAUGAAUGUGUCAUUGUAUGUCAUGCACAUAAAAUAUCAGCAUCAGAUUUAGUUGGAUCUUGGAUAGCAUAUUGUGCAUCAUCUCAAAUCGAUUCAAAUGAUUUAAGUAGAGAUAGGCUUGCUACAUUAGUUAAAUCCUUCAAGGUUGAUGACAAAUUAAAAGCCAAUGACAAAAAAUUGAUUGUAAAUAAAUACAGUUUAAAUGAAUCAGCUCCUACACAAUCAGUUCGUAGUCCAUCAUCAUUGAAAAGUACACAUGGAACUAAUAUUAUUCAAAUCGAAAAUGAAUUCAAAGUAUCCGACGUUAUUGAUGGAGAUGAUAUAAAAGAAGAAAAUGCGAUUUCUACUGCUGGAGAUGUCACGUCCAAUUUCGGACUAGGAAAUGUUAACAAAAAUGAUUCGUCGGCUAAGGUGGAAACAGCGUGCUUAAUGAAACACGAUUUAUGGGACAACUUCAUAUUUGGUCAUGUUAAUUAUCAAAAAUUUGACGAUCAUGUCCAGGAGUUAGUGAACGAUAUCGUCCAAAAGAAUGACCUAAAACCUGUAACAUCAUUGUCUGGACUGUACUGUGGAAACAACACAGAAAUAACGAUUUCUGGCAGUUUGCGGUUGAUAAAAAAAGAAUUGUUUCUCGAUUCACUGCAUGGUUUCAUAAAACUCGAUUUGUCUGAAGCUGAACAACCUAUAAAGUCGUUGUUUGUGAACCAGAUUUUAGUUAUUACCGGGACCAAUCCUGAUACUAAAGUUUUCAAAGUCAAAAAAUUUUUUGCUGACGCUUCGCUGCCGUUGUCAAAUAAAUUACCGGGCUUUUCAAAAGGUAAUUUGAACGUAAUGGUUGCCGCGGGACCGUUUUUUAGUGAGUUGUCUCCACACGGAAAGUUGUUGAAAUCCCUGGUACAAAAAACAAUUGAGUUGGAAGCACAGUUGUUGAUAUUGUUUGGCCCAAUAUUUGAUGCGGAUUUCGGGACGCAGUUGAACAAAACAACAUCAGAAGAUGUUCAAAAAUGCUAUGACGAAGUGUUAGAAGCUACACUGAAACCGUUGUUUAGCAAUCCAGCAACUCAAAACAUAAAAUUGUUGGUAUUUAGUUCAUGGAAAGAUUCCGAAAAUUAUGCUUUCUACCCUACUCCUCCAAAUACUGAGUCGAGUUUGCCGAAUUUGUACCCCAACAACAUUUACAUGGUGUCUGAUCCAAGUGUGUUUUCUGUCAAUGACAUAAUAAUUGCAGGUAAUGCGAGUGAUUCUCUUAUGGGUCUACACGUUUCAGCAAUCAACCAAACUCGAGAAGAAAUGUUUACUAAACUAGCCAAGCAAAUUAUAUGGCAACGAUGUUUGCAUCCUUCGUAUGUUGCUAACCCUAAUGUCCCUGUUGACCACCUACUGUGGCUAGAACAUUGUACAUUGCAGCAAAACACUCCACAUAUUAUACUGACAUCUUCGCAACUCCGUACAUUUAUAAGAGUGGUUGAGGGUUGUAUGGUUAUCAACGUUGGACAGUUAGUCAAACAUAAUUCCCAAAAACAAGCAGUAGCAGGGACGUAUGGUCAAAUUCAAAUAGCGCCUCCUAAAAAUGGUAGUUGGUCAACUCAGACCAAUAUUUCAGCCGAAAUUGUUCAUAUUUAAUACAUAAGCAAUAUAUUUUUUUUUUACUUUUAUUAUUUUUUCUAUUUUUUAUCAACAAUCAUAAUAUUAAAUAAAAUAUGCUAAAAAUAGUUAGGCAUUAUAAAAAGUGAAUAAGUAGAUAAAUUUCUGUCUGCAUUAAAAUUUCUAUUUACUGAUUAAAUGCUCAAAAUGGUAUUUAAGGGGCCUGCACAAGACCUGUGUUUUUAUUCAAAAACAUGCCUUACAGAAAAAACUCACAACUCGUAAAGUGUUGCGAUUUUGAUAUUUUUUUUUUUUUUUAAUGAAAAACACUUCUUACAGGACAUUGGACUUGGAUUUUAAAAAUUCUAUUUCUAAACCAUAUAAUACGAUUUUGAAUAUGAUCAAUUUUUACAAGCUUUUGUUAUUUUUAUUAUGUUUGCUUUCAACUACGAAAUUAAAAAUCAAAGUCUAAUGCUCCCUGUAAAAAAUUACUCUCUUUCUAAAGAAAUAAAAAAUUAAUCAAAUCAGACCACUGUACGAUACAUGAGAAUUUUUCCUUUUUUGUUAUGAGCAAAAUAACACUCUUUUAUUUUUGGUUGGAGGUGCCGUUGACAUGUUUACGGAUGAAGCACGUGUGUAAAUAGCCUGGUACCCGCGUACAAUCACACUCACACGAAUCAUAAUUGACUAAGACAAAUGCCAUGGGCAGCGGCAAGAAAAUUGCAUAUUGCCUAAAUAUUUCCCUUUAUUAAAGACAAACAAACAGGCCUCUUGAUAUAAAAAUGUAAAGACUUAAACAAUGAAUUACUAUGGAAAUAAUUUUUUUUUUAAUAAUUGAAUACCAUUAUUUUAAAUCACUAAUAUUAAAUAGUAUGCUGGAGCUGCAAUGGUCAUAGAAAUGGGAUUUUCUCCAAAAUAAUUUAAAAACUACAGUAAUAUUUCGGUAAACUUUUAUAAAUGGUCAUAUUUAGAAUUUUAUAAAUUUAUAGUUAAAAAAAAAAUGAUGUACCUAUAUUUAAUUUGAGAACAUAUUAUAUUACUUGGAGAAAUAAAACAUGUACCUUGUUUAAGUAUCUAAAUAGUUAGUAUAAUAUAUAUAAAACACUUGUUUGAUUAUUUUUUGCUAUGACAAAAUAUUUAUUUGUUAGUCAUGUAAGAAAUUACUCACUAAAAACAGUUAAUUUACAACCAAAUUCUUGCAUUUACAGCUAUCAUUCAAUCCCACUGACAUAAUAUCAUCUCUCUUAUUGAAAUAAUUAUUUUUAUUUUUUGUUGUACCUAUGAUGUGCCACUUUUUAUCGAUCUCCCUUAAAUGUAUCAUUUGAUUGACUUUAUUUUGUUAUAAUUUCAAAUAAUUAUAAUAAUUUAUGAGAAUAAUUCAUAUUUAUAACAUUAAUAAAUAAUUACUUUAGUUAAGUUUCAUUGGUAAAAUAUGUUAUAACUUAUAAUCGUUUGGCUGUUUUGCUAGUACACCAAAUUAUGUAAUCAUAUUAAUUUGUUUAAAUCAUUUUCAUAUUUUAAUUCAUUAAUUUUGUUCAUUCACCAUACACAAUCAACCUUUUUCUUUUAUAUAAUAUAAGAGAUAUAAUUUUUUUAUUGAAGUUUUACUAAAUAAAUUUAACAGUAGAUUUUAAGACUUAGACUUUGGAUGUUUUUGUUAGUAAUUUAUUGUAUAUUAUUUUAAACUAUUACAAUUUUUCAUUUGUUUGAAAAUGAGAUAAGUGCCAACUGUAAAUGUGAAUCAUUAAAAUUCAAUCAUUAUUGUACUAAUAUUCUGAUUGUAUAGAAUAGUCCAAGAGAUAGUUAAAUAAUUGUACUAUUUUCUAUUGCAGAAUCUGAUUAUCUUUGUUGUAUCAAUUUUCUUAAUUUUGUAUGUGAAUUAAAUUGUACUCUGAUCCUAAACUUCAAUAAAAUUCUCCUCAGACUUAGAUUUUAUUA